GGGGAGUUCCAAUUUCUAUGUAGCCAUGUGUUUAUCAGGUGCAAAUUAACAAAGCGGCUCACUGGCUUGAAAUACAGUCAUGUCAUCUGAUUCAGAAUCAGACGUAGAGAGUGAGUACCAUGAUGCAGAUAAGCAUCUCUCAUUGGAUGAGUUGAAGUCAUUAAGAGUGGCAGAACUGAAGGAAUGGUUAUCACAAAGAGGACUGAAGAGGUCUGGAAACAAAGAUGUUCUUAUAAACAGAGUCUACAGGGCAAUGAGUAAUGGUAUAGACUCGGAUGAAGCUAGCGAUACCAAUGAUUUUCCUUCAAAGAGUGAUGAAUCUAUUGUUCCAGUGCAAACAUUGUCCAAAGACUGGAAAUCUAUUGAAAGUGAAGACAUUCCUGAUAUUUCAAUCAAAGAUAUUGAUGCCUACUUUUUAUACCAUAAAAAUCCAACCGGAGGAACAACAAAUUUUGAACGUCAAAUGAAGAAGGCAAAGAAAUUGAGUAAUGAAGGAUUCGUCAAGGACAUUGAAUUUAAUGAAGUAAACAAAGAAUGUAAAUAUUGUUAUAUUAGAUGCAACUGUAUGCCUUCAAUGAGACAAAAUGUUAUUAUUGGAAACUUUGGUAAAACUGCAAAUUUUUAUUCAUUACAUAUUUGUACUGUGAAAACAUCAGGGCAUAUUCUUCAGGCUGAGUGUAAUUGUAAAGCAGGAGCAGCAGGACUUUGUGCGCAUAUUGGUGCCUUAUUGCACACAUUAGUAAAAACUAAAAGGGCAUGCACAAGUAAUGAAUGCAGAUGGGAUCGGCCCAGACCGCUGUUGAGGAAACCUAGUCCAAAGCGAGUAUGUGAUAUCAGCUUUUAUAAAACUGAUAAAGAAAACCCGGUGGAAAAAGUGAAGCCUUAUCCUGGUGUUUACCAAGCUGGACCAUGCCAAGAUGACAGUGAAAUCUUUUUAAACCGAGAUUUUAAAUGGUUUGAAAGAUCUAUAUCCCCAAAGUGUGAUUUAUCAAACUCUUACUGCAAAACCAGCAGAUAUAAGUUCUUUUCUAAAUCUUUUCAUUCCAAAUUUCAUGUACGCAGAUCAUGUGGACUUAAAUUCCAAGAACUGUAUAGAUACUUUUAAUAAUUUUCUUUCAAAUUUAAUGGUUACUGAUGAAGUAAGUUUGAAUUUGGAAAAAGGAACAAGGGGUCAACAUAUCAACCAAAACUGGAGAGAGGCAAGAAGUUGUCUCGUUACAGCCUCAGUUAUGGGUGAGGUUGUGAAACGUUUAACUACCAGGCCUGACAAUCUUGUUAAAAAAAUCCGAGGGUAUGUAAGCAUUCCAGAUACUGUAAAAAGCUUAAAGUAUGGUCGUAAAUAUGAACCUGUGGCUGUGGAACAUUAUGUUCAGAAUCAUAUGGAAAAGUGCAAGAAAGUUCAGAUUGAAUCAAGAGGUCUGCUUGUUAAUCCAAAAUAUCCUUAUAUAGGUGCAAGUAUUGAUGGCCUUGUCAUUUGUAAUGAUUGUGGGACUGGGUUACUUGAAGUUAAAUGUCCAUACGGGUCGUUAAAAAGUGAAAAUCCAUGGAGGCAUAUGAAACCUACAGAAUGUGGCAAGGAUGAAAAAUUUUUUUGUACAGAAAGCAAUGAAAAACUGUUUCUGAAAGAAAAACAUAAUUACAUGUAUCAAAUACAAGGACAAUUAGCUAUUUAUGAACUUGAAUGGGUUGACUUUGUUGUAUGGACAAAGAGAGGAAUUAGUGUUCAAAGAAUAACUUUUUCACCUGAAAUUUGGAAAUAUAUGUUACCAAAAUUGAAAGCAUUCUAUCUUAG